CGGAGUCUAUAUAAGCAGAGUCUUCAUACGAGACUGAACAUUUUUUGUGUUAGUACCGGCGAGUCGUGGCGCUCGUCUGUCAAAGAGGCUACGGGCCAACGAGUGCCAGUAUGGUGUGCGCGACGUGUGAUAGGAAAAGCCACCGUUAAAUCGCAUACGACAAGCUUGGAGUAGACGCGACUUCCUUUAAAGUGUGGUGGCGAAAAGUAGACGGAGCGCGUCUCGUAGUGGAUAAUUUGUGUGUAGUGCCAAGAUUGCGGUUUAUGCGCGUGUGUCAUGGUUAAACUCAAGAUGCUAUUCCUGCUGUUCUGCGUCCUGUUGAUUGGACAGCACGUGCAAGCAGUAGUCAACAAGGCGACCUCGCCGUUAGCCAAGGAAGAAGAGAAACCCACCAAGGCCAAAGCCGAUGAUAGAAUAAGUAAUACUUUUAAUUCUCCGUCUGACGAGUAUGGGCCACCGUUAGGAUCGAGUUUUAAUGGACCAGCGCCGAUAUACGGACCUCCGGAGUUAGUCGGCAGCCUUGGAUCAACGCCCAUUUAUCCACCACCACCGCCGGAAUUGCCGCCACCUGUAUUUGGACCGUCGGCCGUUUCAUACGGGCCGCCACGAAGUAUCAAGCCGCAAUACGGGCCACCGAAACAAAGUUUCGGCUUAGCAAUAUCCUCCCUCCUUUCGAAGCCUACUUACGGCCCGCCAAAGCUUCAUUACGGGCCGCCGAAGCAACAUUUUAUGCCGCCGUUGGCUUCGUUCUCGCAGUUUAUAUCACCGAAACCUCAAUACGGCCUGCCAUUGAAGUCGUUCGUUGGUACAUCCAGCCAGCAAUAUAUAUCGCCGCUACCGACGAGUCAGCACGGGCCGUCCAAGCCGGGCCACGGACCACCUAUUCCUAUAUCGCUCGAGACUUACGGUCCGCCGCCUCCGAAAUUAGCUAUUCAGUUUAAUCCUCUGCCCAAUGACGAGUACGGUCCACCACCGCCGCCCGUAUCCGCACCGCAACCGCAAUACGGUCCACCGGCUGGUGAUUUAUACGGACCUCCGCCACCAGCACCUCCGCCAGGAGUUCCAGCGCCACCCACACCACCUGACAUAAAGUACGAUGGAUGGCAGCCUAUUGCCGGAGUGGCUACCUCCCCUAAUCAAAGUGGUCCACCGAUAGAUACAUAUGCCUCACCCCUGGACGCAAAACACAAUUACAUCGAAAGUUCAUCCUCUUCGGGAUCGCAAUUAUCUCAUGCUUCCCUGAGCGCCUCGACGAAUACAAAUAUACCUAGCGAUUCUUACGGCAUGCCGUUAAAUAAUCCGGAUGAUCACGAUUUGAAGACGUCCGUGCAUGAAUCCUCGGCUUCCUCGGAGAACGAUGGAUUACCGCCGCCGCCGUUACCGCAACACGAGCCCCUACACAAUAAUCACGGUCCAGGUGCUACGACCAGUCAAUCUGAUCAUCAAUUCGGUCGGCAACAAUUGAACUUGCAGCAUGGAACGCCAAAUAUCGAACCGUUAACCAUCGUAAAAACAGUAGGAUUUGAAUUAUUGCCAACAACGGGCGCUUUGAACGGAGAUCUUACAGGCUUAUCAUUAUCAGGAGGCACUUCCGACGUCUCGUCAUUUAAUCAUAUUUCAAAUUCGAUUAAUGCCAAUUCGGCUUCACUUCACUCGGAAUUGACGUCAAACGACGGAUCUCACGCUGCCGCUUUAAGCAAUGGCGGAGAUUCUCACGGAUUUCAGAAUGUGGAGAACGAUCUGUCCUUGCAGCAAUUACCGCAGCAGACGCCAUCGAACGAUUAUGGCCCGCCCUUAACAACCGUGACUUUUGGGAAACCCGCUAAUUUUAUAUCAAGCACAUCCUUGUUUUCUCCUCCGCCUUUAGAUUCUUACGGAACACCACCUCUAUCUUCUUACUCGUUCACCGGACCUUAUCCAGCAGCGCAAGGAGGACGAUUAUUUUCGUCAUUCGGAACAUUCGGAAGUUCUUUUAACAAACAAAAUCUGCAUCAUCACAGAGUUCAUGGUCCCUUCAGACCACCGCCAAUUCCUCUCGAGUCUCUGAUGCCACCGCGAAAUCGGGAACCGAUCAAAUUCAGGGAACCGAUACCAACAGGAUUAUUAUCGAAUAUUAAUCGAUACUUAUCGCCGCCUACAAAACAACAGUUGCCGAUCGUCCACGCUCCAGUGUCUUUUCGCCAUACACAUGGAUCGAGCAAUUCAUUCUCCGGCUCUUUCGCGUCAUCUGGUUCGUUUAACGUACAUAAUUCUCCGAUAGCCGCACCGCAUGUUCAAUACGGAACGCCGUUAUCAUUUACUGAUUUCAACACACCAGCUCCUCAUUUAACUUAUGGAGCGCCCAACUUUGGCCCACCAACUUCUUUCGUUUCAACGUCCUCCGGAUUUGGCAGUAAUCUCUACAGCGGGAUUAAUAACGCGCUAACAACAUAUGGCACACCGGUGGUGAACGCACCGUUAUCAAUCGGUGGCGGUUAUGACUGCAAUUCCUUGCAACCGCUCUUGCCUGUAAACGGAGCGUUACAUUCGAACAAAGGAUUGUCCGUGAGCGGAGAGCUACCUUUAAGCGGUAGUUUAGCUUCGAGCGGAGAAUCGCAUUCUAGCGGAGAGCUGCACUUGAGUGGAGGCUUAUCUUUGGGUGGUGAAGUGCCCUCAGGCGAGAGGCUAUUAUUGGAUGCUGGAUUACCCGCGCAUGGAGGCGCGCAUGGAGGCGCGCAUUCUAACGGCCAGCUGCAACUUGGUUUUGAAAACGUGAAAAUUUCUGGUGGAAGUGUAGAAAAUCCCAGCCCACUUUUCAUCAAUUCUCUGUCUACGAGCAUUGCCAACUCCGUGGGAAGCGAUUUAUCUGGGGAUAGCCAUCAAAAUUCCAUUUUUACGGGCAAUUCAUUACCGCUUAUUAAGCCGCUUGAUAAUUUUCUAGGAGGCCCGCCGGUAAAUACACUAGAUUUACAACAUAAUGAACAACAGAAGACGAAUCUCAAGGAUAGUUAUGGCAAUCCGGUAGGAUUAACUUACGAUUCGUCCAAUGAAGCGAGUGACACCAGAGCUGUUCACGCGUCCACCAAAGAUAUUUCGAACGAACCCUCUGCGCAUCCGUCUAGUCAGUCUCACAAUUCCGCAGCAACACUUGAACACGGCUCGGGAAUAUCGGCUGCGGCGCUAACAGCGAGGUUGACCGCGCAGGCCUUCGGUCAGCAAAAGAAUCUCGAAUUAAACGAGGUGGAUGCUAGUCAAUUUUUGAAAUCGAGCGAGGGUAGCGAGGCAUUGUCUUUGGCGCAGCGGCUGACCGCUGAUAAUGCUAACGAUUUUGAGAUUCAUGGUUCCAAAGGCACUUAUAGAUUACAGAUACAAGCAGCAGACGGAGGUCUAGGCACCGAGAAUUCGGAUGGUAGCAUCAGACACGAUCAGGUAUUAUCUAAUGGCCUUCUUCAAGAUAUAAUAGCCGCUAUAGAACAGCCGGAGAAUGGUGCUAUACAACUGCAAGGCUCGCCGCAAGUUCAACAAUUGGAAAAAGUUUUCGGUCCUGAUCUGCCGCAGGAAACUGGUGUCAUUAACGGUCAUUUUAUUACCGUAGAUAAUCAAGGACAAAGCAAUGGAUUACAAAAUCAAGUCGAGGAAGCUAGCGAGAGAAGCGAAGACGUUAAAUAUUCAAAAAAUCAGCCAUCAAUCGCUUUAUUCUUUGACACUAAAUUUGGAGAAACGAAAAAGGAAAUCAGAUCUGCAUCGAAAAGCGAGAUGCAUACCGUUAAAGAAAAAGAACAAAAUAACAGUAAAACGAAAUCUUUCUCUAAAUCGUAAUAAGUGCCUUUACAAAAAUAUCUAAUAGUAUUUUUAAUAAUAUUCUCGAUCGCUUUGAUUCAUCUCGCAAAGACUUUUUGAUUUCCGACAAGAAAAGAUAUUGCUGUUAACGUGAUGCUAUUUAUUUUCUUUGCUUGCGGUUGACCAAUAUAUAUAUAUAUAUAUAAAAUAUAUAAAUUAUUUUGGUGAGAGUUUUUAAAUCUAUGGUGUUCACGAUAGCAUAAUAAAUUUCUUGCAUAUCGAUAUUCGAAGCGUUGCACAUUUUUCGGUGAUAUUUUCGGUCGAAUGUAUAGCCGCGAGUACGAAAUACUAUAUUUUCACAUAUCAACAAACUAAAAUUUUUAUUUCCAAAUAGAUUGCAAUAAAAUUGGUUUACAACUUGACGUGGAAAGCAAUUUAUUUUGUUGCUUUAUCUUUAAAAAUUAUUCAAACGAAUACCUAAGAUUAUGCAAUUUCUCGUAACAGAUUCAAAUAUCAAAAAAAGCUUGAUUAACUGAAAACUAGAAUUAGAAGGUAUAAACCGCGCAAUGAAAGUUUAUGUAAUCUUUUUUCUCUUAUUUUCUCGCAAGCAAGCGAAAGUAAUAAUUACUACUUGUUGGGCAGUAUAUCGAUAACAGGUUAUUAGAUGAAUCGUCUGCUUGCUUAAGAACUUUUCACUUCUUAGUAAGGAUUGCAGAAGAGUGAUUGUAGAAAUGCGUGUAUCAUCGGCACAUUUUUAUCGUAUGCGAAGAUUUUAUAUCUAUAAAUAAUAAUCUUGUUAUCAGGUCAAAUGUUCACUGAGAUUCAACUAAGGAUCCAGAGUUUUAAUUUUUCUGUGUCCUCGCGUCAACAGCUUAUCUUAUCUUCGUCCAUGAAAAUUUCGUCGGCUCGAUGAUCCUUUCAAUGUACAAGAAAAUUACUCAAUAUCGAAUGAGAUUUUUGUCGGGAUAAUCGAUGCUAUCACUUUCAAUAAUCCGACGCAAAUGGCAAGUUAGCAUUCUCUGCUCUUGUCGCGAUGUAUGAAAAAUGUUAAGCACGCUAUGAGACAUUACGCGCGUUUAUUAAUACUCAUAUAGGUCAAUAGGUUACGGCACCGUUCUCGUGCAAAGUACACGUAGCUGGUGAUAUGGCAUAUCCGCGUAAAAUCGUUGGGUCGGUAGAACGUGAUCGACAGCUACGGUAUCUUUCACGAUUUCAGUCUUCGCCGAGGUGAAAGUUCAAAACCUCGUUUAAUGAAUCGGCGAAACACCGAGCUUCUAUGAGAAUUUCUUUGCGAGUGAAACGCAUUGCUCCAGAUGGAUGCGGAUACGUUUAGUCUACUAUUACGUAUGUGCGGAAAAAAGAAAUAAAAAGAAAAACGCAUGCUUAGGGCUUGCACGCGGCGGAAACGCGGAGCAACCGCGGAAUGUCGAUAUUAUCAGGCAGAGAGAAACCGUAAGCAACGAACGUUAUUUCCUUCCGGCGCGCGUAUUAACGAUCUUUAUGCGACUCACGAUUCGCAAUUCUGCGCGUAAGUUGAAAAUGAGUACGUAUCGUGAAAGAGCGCGCCGUUAAAAUCCCGAGUAAUCUUAAAGCUCUUGCAUUUUUAUGAUUUUGCCUGGCAAACGGUUAUGCAUAACUUGGUGUAUUGCAGAUACGUAAAAUAAGUAGAGCGUAUACGUUUAAGGGAGAGACGCUCAUUGUUACGAAGUACGCAGUAACGAUACUGCCAAGCCAUAAAACGCAUCCACUUGCUCCUAACCCAUAUCCACCUACUUUUUUAGGAUUUUAAUUUAUUAUUUUAUAUACGUGAACUUCUAUGUGUGUGUGUAUGAGCACUUAGCUUAUAUCCGACGAGCGAUCGAUGCUAUCACUCGCCGGAUAUAACGAUCUUAUUAGCUUGUACUUUUAAUAUAUGCUCCAUAUGUAAAUAUAUAAAUACUUUGUAAAUAGUGCUCAAUUUUUAUUUCUG